AACAAAGUUGAAGAACAGACUUCUUCAUCACACCUUUUUUUUACUCCUCUUCCCCAUCGCUCAUUUUUUCCCUAAAUUGUUAGGGUUUCUCAUAAUCACUCUUCUCCAUCACUCAAUCCAUCAAUCAAACAAUCUUGGGGGUGUUCAAUUUGGUGAUGCAAAGUAUUAUUGGUGGUCUGAAUUUGUUAGUGAUUUUGUUUUUGUUUGCUGCCCAAAUUCAAGGGUUGUUCUUUCUUACAGAGGUCUUAUUUCUUGAUUUGUACUUAUCACCAUGCCUGGAUUCAUCAAUUACAGGGCAGGGGAUGAUGAAUGCUUCAAAGGGGCAUCUUAUGCGAGUCUCAUUGGUGCUGGCUUCUCGUCUUUCAGUCCUCGUAUGGAUGCCAAGUACUCUCCUCUCAAGAGGAAUAGAAUCAAUGGCCCAUUUGUUUUCUCUGCGAAAGAGUUUGUUCAAAAGAAGAAGCAGGCAUCUAUUGAAGUACUCCAUGAUGAGUGUUUAUUUGAGAUCUUCAGAAGGUUAGCUGGAAGAAAAGAGAAAAGCUCAUGUGCUUUAGUUUCCAAAAAAUGGCUUAUGCUUCUGAGCAGUAUCCAGAGCAAGGAGUCUAUUAAGGUGGUACCUGGAGAAAAAGCAAGUGAGGAGAUUGAGGAUGAGGGAUAUCUUACCAGGUGUUUGAAAGGGAGGAAAGCUACAGACAAUAGACUUGCUGCAAUUGCUGUUGGAAUCGCUAGCGCUGGUGGUUUGGGUAAGCUUUCAAUCCGAGGGAACAACACAGUUCGCGGUGUUUCUAAUGUUGGUCUUGCAGCUAUUGGCCGUGGAUGCCCUUCAUUGAAGGUACUCUCAGCCUGGGAUGUUUCUACUAUUGGGGAUCAAGGUCUUACCGAGAUUGCAAAUGGUUGCCACAAGUUAGAAAAGCUCGACCUUAUCCGAUGCCCAUUGGUCUCAGAUAGGGCUUUAUUUGCUAUUGCUGAGAAUUGUCGUGAUUUAACCACAUUGACUAUUGAAUCAUGUCCAAGAAUUGGGGAUGGUGGUCUUCAGGCAAUUGCAAGAGGAUGCCCAUUUCUGCAUACCAUCAUGAUUAAGGACUGCCCACUUGUAGGGGACCAAGGAAUUUCAAGUUUGGUAUCUUCUUCUCAAUAUACCUUGGUGAAGGUAAAGCUCCAGAAUCUGAACAUCACUGAGAUUUCUGCCGCAGUUAUAGGUCACUCUGGCAUUAAUGUUACAGAUCUUGCACUUAUUGGUCUACAGUGUGUAUCUGAAAGAGGCUUUUGUGUCAUGGGUAUGGCUCAUGGACUGCAGAAAUUGGAAUCUCUUACAGUUUCCUCCUGCCCAGGGUUAACUGAUCGAGCUCUCGAGACAAUUGGGAAGGGUUCGCCUAAUUUGAAGAAUCUAUCUCUCCACAAAUGUUCUUUAAUAUCCGACAAUGGAUUGGUUUCCUACACCAAGAGCUCAUUUUCUAUUAAAAGCAUCCAGCUACAUGAGUGCAAUGAGAUAUCACAAUAUGGGGUUCUUGCUGCUAUCUCUAACUGCGGUUCAAAACUGAGGGCAGUUUCCCUUGUUAAGUGUAUGGGUAUCAAGGAUAUAGUAUUAGAAGCUCAUCGUCUCACUCCCAGCAAAUCUCUAAAAUCUCUAUCUAUUCGUGACUGCCCUGGUUUUGGAAGUAAUAUCUUGGCUGUGGUCGGGUGGUUAUGUCCACAACUGGAAGACAUCGAUAUCAGUGGUCAUUCUGGAGUUACUGAUGCUGGGUUUCUCUCAGUGGUAGAGAACUGCCAGGCCGGUUUAAUGAAAGUUAACCUAAGUGGCUGUGUGAACAUCACCGAUUCUUCAGUUACUUCUUUGGCUAGGCUUCAUUCAGGGAUGCUCCAAUAUCUAAACCUUGGUGGAUGCAGUAAGGUUACGGACGAAAGCUUGGCUGCAAUUGCACUACACUGUUAUGGGCUUGAAGACCUCGAUGUUUCAAAGUGUGCUAUCACUGACUUAGCAAUUGCUUCACUUUGUUGCGAGAGGAUGCCCGAACUGCUGAACCUAUACUUGUCUGGUUGUUCUCAAAUAACAGACAAGUGCAUGCCUUUUCUGGCGAAACUGGGCGAGAGUUUGAUCAGUUUGAAUCUCCAGGAUUGUAAGUCUUUGAGCGGCAGAAUGGUUGAGUUGCUUGCGGAGAAGCUUUGUGAAUGUGAAGUCCUCGCAUAAAAAGCCUGGUGAAAUGGUAAAAGAAGGCCUUCACAAUUGAAGGUUUAGAAUAAAUUAGAAGGUGUCAGACUGUCACUUGAUAGUAGUGGUAGCGGAGAAAAAGAAAAAAGAAAAAUCAGUUUGAAAAGUUUCUCUUAUUAUUAUAGUCUCAGCUCUUAAUAGCACCAUGCGCCCCCCUUAGUCUGUAGAUCCUCCUUUUUGUGUCUUGGUUAUUUUCCUAGGAACUUUGGCAGAUCAUUUUCUCCUCUUUUUAUUUUUUUUCAGGUUUCCUUUAUCCUAAGGAAAGCUGCGGGUCUUUUGGUUCCCUAUUAUUGGGGGAGCCACUUUUAUUUGCCAUCAUUUCCUAUUAAUUCAGUUACCAAGUCAUGGUAUAGGGUUUCAGUUUCAGUUGCUUUCUCAAUUCCUUCGAUGUGGGAUGGGAUGGUUUCAGUUUUUUGUAUCACCAGGUACCCGUGCUUGGUGGUAUUUUUCGCUUGGCCUCAGCAUCGUGCUUAGCUUGUAUGCUGGGGCAAAGUUUUGUGGUUACGAUUCUUCAAAUGUGUGUGUUUGUCUGUCUGGUUGUCUUAGUCUUGUUUGCUGUAACUUUAUCAAGUCCUCCAAAUAAAUGCGGGAACUCAUGUGUUUCCGCAUACUGAUUGUCGUGUCAGGUACAUGUCAAGUAAGGAGUGUGUUUCCCUUCGAGUAAGCAGUAUCGAGUCUUAGUGGUUAAUGGUUUGUCUGUGUCAUUGUAGUAAAUGUAUGUGGUUGCAGUGGGUGGUAAUUCAGAUGGUUGAUGAUGCCUGAGGAUACACGAGCUUUGGCAAUGGUAGAAGGUUCUUUCAGUCUCCUGCCGUUACGACGUCAGUCGUUUUUUUUCUGUAUUUUCCAAGCUCCAAUUGUUUUUUACAGGCUUGUUUCCAUUAUGAUUUACCUGUAUUCUGCAACUCCAUGUAUGUUCCGCGAAUAAAAUGGAUAUUUGUGUGUUUAAUAAUCCCCUGU